AAAUUUAAAAGAACAUGGACGAAGAUGUUGCCGCACUCGUAGUUGACAAUGGAUCCGGUAUGUGCAAGGCCGGUUUCGCCGGAGACGACGCACCACGUGCCGUCUUCCCAUCCAUCGUAGGACAACCCCGUCACCAGGGUGUCAUGGUCGGUAUGGGACAAAAAGAUACCUAUGUUGGAGACGAAGCCCAGAGCAAGAGAGGUAUCCUUACUCUGAAAUACCCAAUUGAGCACGGUAUCGUCACCAACUGGGACCAAAUGGAAAAAAUCUGGCAUCACACUUUCUACAACGAACUCCGUGUCGCACCAGAAGAGCACCCAGUUCUUCUUACUGAGGCCCCACUUAACCCAAAAGCUAACCGUGAAAAGAUGACCCAAAUCAUGUUCGAAAGCUUCAACACCCCCGCUAUGUACGUCGGCAUCCAGGCCGUGCUUUCAUUGUACGCUUCUGGUCGUACCACCGGUAUCGUUUUGGACAGCGGAGACGGUGUUUCCCACACCGUCCCAAUCUAUGAGGGUUACGCCCUUCCCCAUGCAAUUAUUCGUCUUGACUUGGCCGGACGAGAUCUUACCGAUUACUUGAUGAAGAUCUUGACCGAGAGAGGUUAUUCCUUCACCACCACUGCCGAGCGAGAAAUCGUUCGUGACAUGAAGGAAAAACUUACUUAUGUUGCUCUUGACUUCGAGCAAGAAAUGCAAACCGCUGCCAGCAGCAGCUCACUUGAAAAGAGUUACGAACUUCCUGACGGACAGGUAAUUACAAUCGGAAACGAACGAUUCCGUUGCCCGGAAACGCUUUUCCAACCCGCCUUUAUUGGUAUGGAAUCUGCUGGUAUCCACGAGACCACCUACAACUCCAUCAUGAAGUGCGAUGUUGACAUCCGUAAGGACUUGUACGCCAACACCGUUCUCUCUGGAGGUUCCACUAUGUUCCCUGGAAUCGCCGACAGAAUGCAAAAGGAAAUUUCUGCUCUUGCACCACCAACCAUGAAGAUUAAGAUCAUUGCCCCACCAGAGAGGAAAUACUCCGUCUGGAUUGGAGGAUCCAUCCUUGCUUCACUCUCCACCUUCCAACAGAUGUGGAUCAGCAAACAAGAAUACGACGAGUCCGGCCCAUCCAUUGUCCACCGAAAGUGUUUUUAAACACCCUCUUUAUACUUUUCUGUUAGCCGUUUUAAUUGCAUUUGAAUAUAUUAUACUUAUAUAUAUAUAUAUAAUUUAUACCUGGUUAUUACAAACUCCCAUAAAUAUACACAGAUCAGUGUACGGUUCACUUUGCCGUCACAGUAUAUACAAUAGACGUAUUAUAAAUAAUGAAGCGUUGCAACACAAAAUAAACUGGAACAGGAAAUGAAACAUCCUGUUUUGAAAA